CUGUGCACGACAAGCAAUGAGCGACGCCGAGUACUCUGAGGAGGAGACAGCACCGGCACCUCUGGAGGAUGUUGUGAUGGCGCCCUCAAAGAGCAGCGCAGCCCCCGUCGCCUCAUCCAGCGGCGGCUCCGGCGUGAUUAUUGGAGUGGGACUCGCGGCGGCCGUGGCUGUCGCGGGCGCGGCGGCCUACCUUGUGCUGGGCAAGAGCAAACCUAAGCAGGGCAGCGGGGCAGCCCGCAGCAGCAACAGCAGCAGCCCCGCGAAGAAGCGUGUGUCGCCCGCCAAGAAGUCGGUGCAGCGCCGCCCGCCGCCAGCCAGCCCCCCUGCCGCCGCCUCCGCUGAGGCCUCCACCUCCGCUGCCGCCGCUGCUGCCAGUGUUGCCCCCAUGGCCCAGGCAGCCACGCCCGCGCCGCAGCGCUCGGCCGCCCCCGUGUUGCCCAAGUGUCCUGUCCCCAAGGCCAAGCCCGCGGCACCAGCACCAGCGCCGGCUGCUCAAGCGGAGGCUGCCGCUGCCGCUGCUGCUGCUGCAGCAGCAGGAAAUGCGGCAGCUGAGGCUGAGGCUGCCAAGCAGGCGGCUGCACAGCAGAAGGCAGCUGCCGAGGCAGCAGCCAAGGAGCAGGCGGCUGCUGAGGCAGCAGCAAAGGAGAAGGCGGCUGCCGAGGUAGCAGCAAAGGAGAAGGCGGCAGCGGCAGCGGCAGCGGCAGCGGCAGCAGCAGCAGUCGCCAUGCCCGCGCCAGCUGAGCAGCUGGCUGCAGCGGCCGAGGAGGAGCCGGCUGCUGCGGGCGAGGGCGAGGAGGGGCCGCCCGUCGCCGUGAACGUGUUGCCGACGAGCUCCGAGAUCGCCGCGCUGGUGCAGCCGGUGGAGGCCUCGGGCGACGAGGAGGCGGCGGCGGAGGUGCUGGAGCGCCUGGCAGACAUGCCCGCCCCGGAGCUGAGCUUUGAGGGGGUGGAGACGGAGGGGGAGAUGAAUGAGCUGGAGCAGAAGGCGCGGCAGCUCAGCCUGCACGCCCACAAGCUGGUGAAGGAGAACAACAACCUGGUGCAGGGCUGCCGCGAGCAGAAGGCGGCGCUGGAUCUGCUGCUGCUGCCCGAGAAUGCGGGCAAGGCGCGGCCGCACCUGGUGGCGGCCUGCGCCUUUGCGCUGGGCGACAUGCUGCUGGCUCAGCAGAAGGUGGAUGAGACCAAGGCUGCCCUGGCCAUCGCCUACCGCACCUCGCUGCACAUUGAGGACAAGGGGCCGCAGGUGCGGGCGCUGAUGAAUUACGCGUACGUGCUCAAGGCGGAGAAGAAGCGGGCGUCGGCGCGGGCUGCGUACGAGGAGGCCUUGGCUGUGGCGCGCCGCCAGCACGGCCCGCUGCACGGAAUGGUGGAGAAGAUCAAGUAUGAGCUCACCGCCUUCCUUGGGGGCACGCAACGGGAGGCGGAGGCUGCCAACAUGCUGGUGGAGUCGGCGGCGGAGCUGCUGGGCGAGGCGGAGCGGCUGGCUGCAGAGGGCGCCGACAAGACGGCGGCUGGCGACAAGGAGGGCGAGGAGGCUGGCGCCGGCAAGGGACCUGCAGCCGCCAACGGCGCAGCUGCCGAGGCCGAGGGCGAGGCUGAGGCUGACCCGGGGAGCGGGCUGGAGCAUAUCGAGGCAGAGCAGGCGGCUGCGGCGGCGGCUGGGGGCGAGGAGGGCGAGGAGGAGCUGUCCCCGGUGCACAAGGCCCAGAAUUAUGCCAUGCGCAACCUGAUGAAUGCGGCCGGCGUGCUGGACGGGCAGCAGCAGUACGAGCGCAGCGAGGUGCUGCUGGGCAAGGCGCUGGACAUUGCGGUGGCGGUGUGGGGUGCCGGCUCCAUGCAGCAGCUCAACGUCAUGUAUGCCCUCGCCCAGCACUUCAGGCGGCGCGGCAUGGUGCAGGAGUCGAUUGAUUUCCACGAGAGCGUGCUGGCCAUCAUGGAUGAGUCCAUCCAGGUCUACUCGCCCGAGCUGCUGCAGAACCGCAUCUCCAUCCUCAGGGACACGGCGAUCCUGCUGGACAAGACGGGGCAGGGCGAGGCGGCGAUCGACUACGCCACCGGGGCGCUGGUCAACGCCCAGACGCUGGCCGGCAUCAUGAGCGGCCAGCAGCGCACCGCCAUCCAUCCCAUCCUGGAGCCCUUCUACCGCCUGCUGGCAGACCUGAAGCAGAAGGUCGGCGACGAGUCUGGGGCGGCCGAGGCGCGGCGCCAGGCCAACGCCUGCCGCCUGAACCAGCGCCUGGCCCAGACCAACAAGCAGCAGCAGCAGCGGACGCAGAAGGGCGGCACCGGCAAGCGCACCAGCAGCACCGGCGCGUCCACGGCACGUGCGGGCGGCCGCCGGGUCUGA